UACAAUAUCGUAAGUGCAUUUUGGAGUACAUUUUCUUCAUGUGAUAAUAAGAUGUUGACAGAAUAAUAUUUCAACGAUAUUCCUGCAUGUUUUUGCUUGUACAAGAGAGAGUAUUCCUUGACUAGCCAUGUAUCUUUAAAAUGAAAUAAUCAUGAUCAACAUCUUUUGGACGCAAUCGGUUCUCAUCAUUCUAUCUGUCACUUGCAAUUACGCAGCAAUUAUUCAGAAAGAAAAUUUACAAUAGCAUCUUGCAACUUGGACACAACUCAUGGAUGCAGCUCGGUUCGUACUGCUAUUUAUAUCUCGCAAUUACGCAGCAAUCCAGCAAUUAUUCAGAAGGAAAAAUUACAAUAGCAUUUUGCAACUUGGACAUAACUCAUGGAUGCAACUUGGUUCGCACCGCCAUUUGUAUUUCGGAACUACGCAUCUUCAAGAAGAACAACGAUAAUUAACAUCUUCUGGAUGUAAUUCGGUUCACAACUUGUAGUUACGUGUCUUCCGGAGGAAAAAUUACAAUGGGACAUCUUGCAACUCGGAUUCAACUCGAUACAACUUACGUAUGCAGUUUGGUUUUGCACCUGCCGCCCUGCAGCUCGAUAAGCUUUUACGCUAUUUCGCUGCUGGUAACUAGUCGUAUUCAUUCCACCGUGAUUCGUAUAAUUUUGUUUCGUUAGGAAUUCCGUUCAAAGUGCUGCGCGAUUUUUCCGUAUUCGCGUACGUACGCGAGCAAUGCGUGCGUAAUCGUAUCGCGAACGCGUGUGAGUGCCACGAAGGACGAUCGAAGGAGGAGACUCAGAGGGCAUCAGGUGACGUCGAAGCAACAUUGUGAUAAAUUUUGGUGUCGUGCUGCGAAUCGUCAUAAUUUCGUAAUAUAAUAAAGUGCGCGUCGGGAAUUCGGGAGUGUCGUUAUGCCGGGAGUGCCGUGAUAGUUUCGCGCGAGUACGAAACGCCGUAAUCUAGCGAAUCAUAUGAACGAACGCAUUUCCGCCGAAUGAUAAAUAUUGAGACACGAUCGAACACGAUCUCUCUUUGAGGGAUUUUUUUCUUUUCAACUUUGGGCUCGGCUCGGGGGAGAAAAGGUUCGAUUUUUAUCAUGAAAUUCCGACUACAAAAAGGCAUCUUCACUGUCAGACGUGCUAACAUAUGUCAUGCCGGAAAGCAUGGGGUUGCUUAAUUGCAACUAUGAAACAUAUGAUCGACGGCCUACAAGUUAACCCAGCGACUUGGUCGACAGUUCCGUCGGUUUGGCACCGAAAUGCUGAUGAAAUGCCCGGUAUCUAGUCGGUUGAUUCCAUGACUAAUCGCACCUUAUCUUCUUCGAGCUUACGUUUUGCCCUCUGUUUUGAGAAAAUCGUGCCUCAAUUGGUAAAUACGGUCGUCUGAAACGCGGACGGGAUUCGCGCGUAACGUCGCAGUUUGGACAAUUCGGUUCGAUUCGCCUGCGACGCCGGGAAUGUCGUUUAAAGUAUCGCGCGAUUUUCGUAUUCGGGUACGCACGCGAGCAAGGCGUGCGCCGCGAACGCGUGUGAGUGAGUGUGAGUGCCUCGAAAAAUCGCUAAAAAGAGGAGGAGGGGGCCUAGGAGGCAUCGGGCAACAGCAGAGCAACGAUACGACACGACGAAGUAAGUACUGUCUCGGAGUGAUAUGUGCGUAGGGACACUUAAAAGUGCCGAUACUUUUAAGCGUUCACGCGACGUUCGUCGACGAAUUGGAGCGAUAAAAGGUCCACGAGAACGGUCAAAGCGCACGGAGAUUCGCCGAUAUACAAAGAGAAGAAUGCACUUCCGGCAGAACGUCCAUAUGGAAGAAUGCUGCAUCCAUCUCGAUGAAAUCUUCUCAACGAUCCGGCGAACGAGGGUGUACAGAGUGCGUCAUAAAUAGACGAACCCGGAAGUCCCCACAGACAUCUAUGUGGAAACGAGCCGAAUGAUGUUCAAUUGACAAAGACCGCUCAGCGCUAGGAAUGGCCCCCUUCAAUUCCGUCUUCCUGGGUGUCUGGGGAGUGUUCGUUGCCAUUUUGAUACAGGAAUCGACACCCGUUAGCUGGGAGGAAUGGUGGACUUACGAUGGUAUUUCCGGUCCUGCCUUCUGGGGUCUCAUCAAUCCGGAAUGGUGGCUCUGUAACAAAGGUCGCAGACAAUCACCGGUCAAUCUCGAGCCCACUCGACUGCUUUUCGACCCGAAUUUACAGCCACUUCAUCUGGAUAAGCACAGAAUCAACGGUGUAUUGGCGAACACCGGACACAGUGUGGUGUUCGCCGUGGAGAAUGACACCCGCCAUCCGGUCAAUAUUUCCGGCGGUCCGCUCAGCUAUCGCUACCAGUUUCACGAAAUUCAUCUGCACUUCGGCAUGGACGAUCGCAUCGGCAGCGAGCACACUGUCGAUGGACACGCCUUUCCUGCUGAGCUCCAGAUCUUCGGCUUCAACUCGCAGCUUUACAACAACUUCUCGGAUGCCCUGCACAGAGCGCAGGGGAUCGUGGCAGUGUCGCUUCUUUUGCAGGUCGGCGAUCUCUCGAACCCAGAGCUGAGAACGUUUACGCAGCAGCUGGAUAAAAUCAAAUACGGAGGGCAGGCCAUGGAAAUUAAACGUUUCGGAGUGCGCGAACUUCUGCCGGACACGAAGCAUUACAUGACAUACGACGGCUCUACCACGAUGCCGGCGUGUCACGAGACUACCACAUGGAUCAUCCUCAACAAGCCCAUAUACAUCACCAAGCAGCAGCUGCACGCCCUGAGAUUAUUAAUGCAAGGGGACGAAAAGCAGCCAAACGCGCCGCUUGCAAAUAACUUUAGACCACCGCAACCGCUUCAUCAUCGUCCCGUUCGGACGAACAUUGAUUUUAAUGUUCAGGGUCCGAAGAAUUGUCCGACGAUGAACAGGGACAUAUAUUACAAAGCCAAUAGCUGGAAAUAAUACCCAGUACUGCCAUGAGGUCGACGUUUGCAGUAACUACGCUUUUCCCCGGAACGAGCUGGAACUUCUUUCGCUGUAAGGAAAAAAUUGACAUAUCAAUUACGGGCGGGUGACGCCGGGUCACAAAAAAAAAAAAUUAAUUGCGACAGGUAGAACGCGCAGAGAAAGCGACCGACGACGCCCACGUCGGCGUCGAGGUCAAAAUUAAGAAAAAAAAAUGCUUCGUUGUACUUAUUAGACGUGAAUUGCCAAGUAUGUUUCCAGUUAAACCAGAAGAAAAAAAAACCAGAUAUACCUAUAGAUCACAAGUUAGACGAGAUAAGCUAAUCGUAAGAUCUAUUAUUAUACAUAUAUCGGUAAACUAUCGAAAAAAAGCUAUGACUAUCGUGGCCUGCGCGAGGGGUUGAGAGAUGCAAUUAUAUGUAUAAAAAUUCAUGCGCGACGGAGCGCGCUAUCGAGCGAAAGUUUAUACUAUAUUCUUGUAAUAAAAGCUUGAAAAUGCAGAACACGAGACGCUUUCCGGCAACUUUGCUCGAUUCUUGCCUCCACCUGUU